GCCCUCCUGAAGUGCGAUGAUGAAGGCUCUUUGGCUGCUGCCCUUGCUCACUGGUCUCCUUGCCACAGGAGAAGGCCUGGUCCUUGGGCGCUGUGCUCUGGCUCAGAGGCUCCAGCAGCUGGGCUUAGAUGGUUACGCUGGCUACAGCCUGGCCAACUGUGAGUCCACUGGGGGACAUCUGGGUCUUGACUAGGCAGGCAUGAGGAAAAGACAGAAUUUAUCUGAGAGUGGGGCAUGCGGUGUGUGUGUGUGUGUGUGUGUGUGUGUGUGCGCGCGCACACACACACACACACACACACACACUCCAUUUGGGGUGAGUAUUUGAUCUUCUGGGUCUCCCUGACCAUGUGUCUGGCUGUCAUUAUGAGGGGAAGGUGGCCUCCCUCCACAUUUCUAUAGCUAAUCUGUAACAUGCUCUGCUGCAUCCUGCUAUAGCAGGGGUCCUCAAACCUUUUAAACAGGGGGCCAGUUCACUGUCCCUCAGACACUGUUGGGGGCCGGACUAAAGAGGUGCCAGAAACAUGCUCUUUUUCAUGUUGUUGUUGUGUUUUUUUAAAAAAACCCUUGUUUCAAAAUAAUAGCCAGAACAGACACACAACAGGCGGUAUCAGUAAUAAUAUAAUUUACCUAUAUAGGUAAAGGUAAAGGUACCCCUGCCCGUACGGGCCAGUCGUGUCCGACUCUAGGGUUAUGCGCCCAUCUCACUUAAGAGGCUGGGGGCCAGCGCUGUCCGGAGACACUUCCGGGUCACGUGGCCAGCGUGAUGAAGCUGCUCUGGCGAGCCAGCACCAGCACAGCACAUGGAAACGCCGUUUACCUCCGCACUAUAAAGCGGUACCUAUUUAUCUACUUGCACUUAAGAGUGCUUUCGAACUGCUAGGUGGGCAGGAGCUGGGACCGAAAGAUGGGAGCUCACCCCGCCGCGGGGAUUCAAACCGCCGACCAUGUGAUUGGCAAGUCCUAGGCACUGUGGUUUUACCCACAGCGCCACCUGCGUCCCCGUAAAUUACCUAUGCCUCACCUUUAUACUUCAUUUCUUCUUUUGAUGUUGUUGUUCCUCAUGCAUGUGACUUUCUCUGCAUUGAAGUUUAUUUUCAAACUUGGGGAAGUUUGGGUGGAGAGCUUUCUUUUAAAGAUUAACCCUCCACUAUUUACAUGGAGAUUCCCUUGUACAAUAAACUGUUGUGAUUCAGACGUCUCUUCUUGCUAAUUCUAUUGCAUAUGUUGCCUGUGUUUUUGGUGCUUCCCUAACUUUUAAGGUUGCCCAGGUUGCCGCAUGGGAAUUGUGUGCACAACCGGUCGGUGAGGCGCUGCUCUGGCGAGCAUGGAGCCGGCCGGAGGGGAAGGGAGGAGGGGAAGGGAGGAGGGGAAGGGGGUCCUUUGCCGCCGUCCCCCCCUCCGUGCGCCGUUAUCAAGCAGCUGGUCUGGCAGUACCAACCGCAUUACCAGGCCUUUGUUACAUUCACGUGUUUUACCUCAGGGCUCUUCCUGCCCAGCCGUUUCCGAGCCUCAGGCCUUGCAGGCGGGCCAGGUUCAGGACCUUGGCAGGCCAGAUCUGGCCUGCUGGCCAUAGUUUGAGGACCCCUGUGCUACAGGGUUGCAGGAGUAGGGUUUAAAUGAUGGUGUGAAUGAGUGAACUGGGGUGAAGAGGAUGGUUUGUGCAUCCAUCUAGGGAGAAGUGGAAGGAUGCAGAGUAGAGGUGGAUGGGAUGAAGCCGGGGGCAUUUCUUGGAGAUGGAAUUGUUCAGAGGUGGAACAAAAUUGAAAUGACUACUGUAGUAGUCUGAACUCUAACAGCAUGAUUUCCAUUCUGGUUUGUUUUCUGUGUCUCCCCCCCCCCCGCCAGCUGCUGCGUCAGGUGUGGGGCAGGUAGCUGACACAACAAGCUGCAUUUUAUGAAAUCCUGCCCCCCUUUUUAGGCAAGUAUGGAAAGGUGCAGGGGUUCUGUCUUCUUUUGCAUCCGGCUAUUGUUAAAGGAGAAUUAGUGGAUACUCUCUGGAGACCGUCCUCCCAAAAGAUAUCUCCCUCAAGGCAGCUGCAGCUGUGGAAAAACCAAAACACCCUGAGUGGCUUCACACACAGACCUGCUCCAAACCGAGCAUGAUCCCAGGGGCAGAGGUGGGGAUGCAGCUCAGCAGAAUCCCAGAUCCAGACAUGCAUUGCCCAUCUGGUAGCAUGAGGUAGCUAUUGCCGUUCCUGUUUGUGAGGAGGAGGCCAGGCUCCUCAACUGUCCUGGAACAGGCGGAGAAGGGUGGGGCAGCAGUGCCCUGUGACUCCUUGCUGGGCAGCUCCCCUGCCCCCCUCCACGUCCGGAUCACUGACUCUCUGAACAGCUCCUGAUAAGGCAGGGUUUUGAAACACCUGCGGGGAGGAGGUGAAGAAUGGGGCAUGCUUCCCAGACUGUGUGCACUUAGCUCUGACCUGAUCAUGUAUCUGUCUCAGGGGUCUGCACGGCCUGCCACGAGAGCAGCUAUAAUACUUCUGCCACGCACUACAAUGACUAUGACGGCAGCACUGACUUUGGUAUCUUCCAGAUCAACAGUCGUUACUGGUGCCAGGAUGGCAGUCAGCCGAGUUCCAACAUGUGCAGAAUUCAAUGCUCUGGUGAGAAUCAGCUUCCCCUGGAGAGAAUUUUGCCUCAUUCAGAGAUGGAGAACCUUUGGCCCACCAGAUGUUGGCUGGGGCUGAUGGAAGCUAGACUCUAACGACAUCUGGAGGGCCACAUGUUCCCCACCCUGAUCUAAAUUGUGAAGCCACAUCAAACACUUUUGGGAGACAGAAAGGACCAGUUGUCCUUCCUCACCUUCUGCUCUUUGCAGGUGUGGAGUCCACAACCCCAAAGGUAAAAAGUAGGAUAGCCGUGGGUCAGCAGUCUAGCCUGACCAUAUUUGUACGUUGAUGUAUCUGCUGGCUGGGGCUUCCUCCCUGAAAUGCCACCCCCCACACCAGGGGAUUUCAAGUUACACAUAUAACUGAACAUUGUAGGAGUGAGACCUCAGCAAAUGCAUUUAUUUGACUUGGAAUUCAUAAGGGUAUAGAAAUAUUGCAUCCUUCUUGAUGCAACAGGGCAUUUCAAAUUGCAUGCUAAUGGGCAGUGAGUCAGUGACAACCAUGGAUGGGUCAAGCGAUAUUGUUUGGCCUACUUUACACCCUCCCUUUUUACCUUUUUAAUCCUUUUUUUACCUACCUGCACCCACGCCCCGUCACCUCAAAACUUAUCCAGACCUAUAACAUCCCAGCAGGGACCUUUCAUGUCUGUAUUCCAUCUUCUUUCUUUGCAGAACUGCUGACAGACAACGUCGCUCCAGAUGUGGCUUGUGCUAAGAUUGUGGUUGACAACUCAGAGGAUGGAAUGGGUGCCUGGUAAGAAGCCUUUGGGAGAAAACUCUUAGUGGUGUUUCCUUGCAAGAGGUGGAGGCGUCUGCCCAACCCAGUCACUGCAGAAGCACAAGGUCACGCUGGAAAUGGGAAAUGGCCUGUAACAUGGUUGUUCCCAAAGUGUGAGCUGGGGAAUACUGUGAGGCCAUUAGAUGAUGACCAUGGUGUGCAGUCACUGGACUAAGGGGUCUAGGCUAGUCCACUAAAUGUUCCCCUGGUGCCCGGGAAGCUUCUGCCUGGUGUGAUGCUCACAUGUGCAGCGUCAGGACAUCACAGUUUCACAUGCAUGACAUUGCCCCCCCCAUCUCCCUCACAAGCUGUUGCCUCUGGCCCUAACUGUUCCCCUAGGAAAACUUUCAGCGCUUGCCGCUGGACAGCGGUGGCCUUUGGGCUCUCAAUUUUCAGCAGUGUCUUGUGCUACGCUAACAUUUGGGAGGGGGAUACCUUUGGCACUCCAGUCUACAUCAUUGUUUUGGUGCCAUGUGGUUGAACUGGUCACACUACCAGCCUUAGCAUUAGAGAACUGCUACUCUGCCACAAUAGGGAUGUGGGUGGCGCUGUGGGUUAAACCACAGAGCCUAGGACUUGAUGAUCAGAAGGUCGGCGGUUCGAAUCCCUGCGACGGGGUGAGCUCCCGUUGCUCGGUCCCUGCUCCUGCCAACCUAGCAGUUCGAAAGCACGUCAAGUGCAAGUAGAUGAAUAGGUACCGCUCUGGCGGGAAGGUAGACGGCGUUUCCGUGCGCUGCUCUGGUUCGCCAGAAGCGGCUUAGUCAUGCUGGCCACAUGACCCGGAAACUGUAUGCCGGCUCCCUGGGCCAAUAAAGCGAGAUGAGCACCGCAACCCCAGAGUCGGCCACGACUGGACCUAAUGGUCAGGGGUCCCUUUACCCUUUACCUUACUCUGCCACAAGAAUCAAGUGACUGUGUCACCUAAGGGCUUCUCUGAGUCCACAUCUGCAAGAGAGGCCUGCCUGCUGUACCUCUGUCUGAUUCACUGGUCUUGGUUCCUUAUGCAAAGCCUGCCCUGUAUUUUGGGGGUUUCUGUCUUAUACCCAUGCCGGGUCUGACCAGAUCAUUAACAUCCCCAGCAGAAUCACCCUCCCUCUGCGGAGGCUGCCAUUUUUUGUUAAGUCUAUUUAUAUUUAUAUCUGACUCUUUGUAUUAGUGACAAUGUUCAGGGCAGUGUGUGUGUGUGUGUGUGUGUGUGUGUUUUAAACCAUCAUAAACAUUUUAAUAAUAAUAAUUAGAGAGUGGUGAAAGCAGAUAAAGCAAAGGCUGAGUUCAACACAUUCCUCCGGCUUCAGGUCAUGGCCAGCUUCAAGCCAAAUUGAGAAAAAAAGAACAAGUAGCUAUGUUUUAAGUUGGUAACGUACACAGCGUGUUGCUGGAUGUGUCCUCAUCUGUUGUUUUUUUUUUUCAUUUCCAGGGUGGCAUGGAGAUUAUACUGUCAAGGGCGGGACCUGUCUCAAUAUGUUGCAGGAUGCAACGUGUAGAGAAACACUGCCCCCUGGUGUCAGCAGGGAUGCUAAUAAACCAAGUCCACACUCAUUAUUAGGGUUAUUAUCUGGCAAGAAACAGCUCUGCUGAGUUCCAGAAAUAAAUGCAUUAAAACACA